CCACAAACUCCUGCGCCACAUCAUGGACAUCCACAUUCUUUCCGGGUCCUUCACCUCGUUCUCCCUCUUCCUCCUUGCCUUCUCGCCGCUCAACCACUCGCUCCGCCUUCUCCAUACCGUACCCGCUGUCGGCCCACACCAGUACAUAGCACAGACGCCUCACGCUGUGUACGCGACGACAUGGGCAUCUCCACCGGCCCUGCACGCGUGGACACUUCCUUCGCUAGCGCACAUCGGAAGCACUCCCAUAACGGCAACGUCAUCCUAUAUCACAAUCCUUGACUCUCACGCGUACUCCGUGGGUGGGCCCACAGGAGAGGUUCACAUACUUGACCCAGCAACCGGAGCGUGGAAACGGAAAAUACAAGAGAUUCUAUUUGUCGAUUCCGGAAAGCUGGACGAAGCUGAUAAGACAAGGAAAGCGCUGAGAUACGGUUCUCAUGCGAUAGAGUUCACAGGCGACGGAAGCUAUGGUUUCGUGCCGGUCCUCGGGACGGAAGAGAUCCAUGUCUUCAAGAGAGGUACCAAUGGGACGCUCGAACGCGUAGCGAAAGCCAAAGGUCAUGCAGGAGACGGUCCAAGGCACGUUAAAGUACAUCCAAACGGAGAGGUUGUCUACUGCGUGACAGAACAUAGUAUGUUUUUCCUAACAUUUUCGAAAAUCGGAAUGCUUGAGAGAUGCGCGCAGCCAACAAACUGGACAUAUAUACUUUUAAUACAACACCUACGCCAUCUCUCAAGCUCGUCUCUUCGAAGCCCAUCUACGCUUCCGGUUCAGCCCACUCCUACAGGGGCGACACGCUGCUACUCGCGCCUUCAGCUGACCAAAUUUUCACGACCACUCGUGGAGCAACGCACCUCGACCCGGGAUACAUCGCUGUUUUUUCUCUCUCCUCAUCUGGUCUGCCUAGUGGCCAGGUUGAGUACUACGAGACCCCUACCUCAGGAGGGAAAGCCCACGCCAUCGAGUUGCUCUCAAAGGCUUUUGAGUCGUCCACCACUGUGAAUCAGGAAUCUCUCUCUAUCCCGGCCGAGUCCGUAUGGAUAGUCUUAACAGACGACGACCCAUGCACACAGACGUCUGAACGCUGUGCGAGUGUACGAAUACUUGAGUGGGAUGGCUGGAAUACAGGUGGAAUACGCGAAGUGGCGGCGUACACUGGGACGGAGAUGCAAGGUGGCAGUCAUGCGAUUUUCUUGCGCGCGCAUGUGGAUGCCGAGGAGGUGGUGCGGCAUGAUGAACUGUAGAGCGGCCAAUGGGGUCGCGUAUGUUCUUUAGGCCAAUCGUGCUAUUUCAAUUUGGAACUUGGCGGGACUCAGAUAUUCCUCUCGCUGCGUAUGGGCCCAAGUGGAAUGAUAUCUCCUUCUGCUAGACUGGAUUAGAGUACAGUACGUAUUGUUGAUGAUUCGAGCUUUGACCAACGUGUAUAAUGCUACCAUAUAUUCACGAC